AUGUGUUACUACGGCAGCUACUAUGGUGGCCUGGGCUAUGGCUAUGGUGGCCUAGGCUACGGCUAUGGCUGUGGCUAUGGCUGUGGCUACGGUGGCUACGGUGGCUAUGGUGGCUAUGGUGGUUAUGGUGGCUAUGGUUAUGGCUGCUGCCGCCCACUGUGCUGUAGAAGGUACUGGACCUGUGGCUUCUACUGA